AUGGUUCCAAGGGCUCCAUACCAUGUUAAGCUCACUGCAGACCAUCAACGCGUGUUCGAGCUGCUCAACAGCCUCUGCGCCGUGGAAAACUACGGCCAACUGCUAUCGUACCUGGAAGCACGACUGCGUAGCGGACUCAACGAAACGCUGGUGGUGCCCCCUGCAGACGUUCUGAUUGUUUUGAUGACUCUGACAGUGAUCCCUGACUCAGGAACUUCUGAUUUGGUUGUCAAGGUGGAUCCUUUCAGCGUGGCCAAAACGUCUGUCAGCUCACGCAGUCUCAAAAUCCUCCACCAGCUGGUCAAAGCAUUGCAGAAAUUGGAACUCCAGCACCACUACAACAUCCAGCUGCUACGCUGCCAGUUUUUCAUUUUGCUCGACCAUCUGAACUCUGUGGACCCGCAGCCCUCACCACUCGCAAGACGUAGAGCUUCUGAUAAGCGAAGGAAAACCAAUUCGCGUGUUGUUAUAGAAGAGACACCGAGCUUGGGUGCCGCUGGCGGCAUUGGCAGCGCCAGCAACAAUUCUACUAGGUACCGCAACCCUUAUACCACGUAUGUGAGCGUUUUAGAGCACAGAUGCGAGGUUUUCAAAAAUGUUAUCCUCACCACCACGUUGGGGCGCCAGGGUGAAUUUUGGAAUAGUGUAACAUGGGCAUUGGUGUCGUCAAUUUCUGAGGAUACCCACCUCUUUGAGAGGAGCAAACAAUGGACCCAGCUAUUGAGCUUAAUUUUUGACUUGUUCGAACUACAAAACGACUAUUACUACAAACUCAAUAGUAACUCUGGCACUUCAGAAUUUACAAAAAAGAGCCCGUUACUUCGUCUAUUCCGAUCUCUGGACACGUACGAUAUCUACACUGCCUUUUGCGAUAUUCUUCUGGUUGGACUCGAGUAUUCGAACGCGGGAUCUCUUAAUGUGCACGCAGUGUACGCGAAGGAGCUGAAAACUCCUAGCACAUACGUGUCGCGGACUGGUGCAAGCCAGCCAUUGAAGUUUAUCGAGUCAAUGGCUUUCCGUCAUCGUCUUCUCCGUCUCUUCACUGCGCUAUCGAGGUCGCUUCCCGAGCAAUCAAAAGAUAUACUCUCAGAAGCAGAAUUCAUCAAAACACUUUCACGAUUUCUCAGCAGGACUGAAAAUCUGACCCAGUUGAAGCAGUUUUUUUGCGUUGCAGAACUUGCGCCCUUUCUAGAACUUAUGCCACACAUUGCCCAAGCCACGCUCAAUGAAUGCCUAUUGGACUUUGAAUCACACAAACAGUUGAGCUUAGUUGAUGUUCUGGGUGGUGACGACACGAUGAUAAAAGAACUAAUAGAAGUCUUCGGUACAGAAUUCCCACCACUUGACGAAGAGUACGACGGCAGGCGCGAGACCUUUUCCAUGUCGAUAGAAAGAUGCGAUAUAUGCCUCCUGGUAAUCCUGAGAUAUUGGGAAUUUGUCCAUAAGUCGAGCCACUUGAAAACAAGGCAAUGCCUUCCAGAGCUGGCACAAGCAAUUCAUGUGAAUGAUCAAAAAAGAUUGAAGUUUUUCAAAAUGAUGAGGUGGGACGAUCUAGCAGUACCUCUCCUUUCGUCGUAUCUCAAGCAUAUACUCGGGUGA